GUGGGAGCUGCAUCGAGCGUUGUACCGGUCGGUGCUGCUGGGCAUGUUCCGGCUUUGCGUGGUGCACGACGACCACAAUAUCGGCGAGCAUUUUCUCAUGUACUACGUGAUUACGAGACCCGAGCCUGAGCAGAAGGAGGGGACGGUGGCGCUGUAUUCACUCGGAAAGAUCGGAACAAACAGGCCGGGUCUGUUGGAGCUCAUCCGCAUUGAGCUAUUGUCCAUCGCCCAGGUGAUGGCCAGCGAGGAGACACAUUUCCAACUCCGGCUGCGCACACCCUCGGCUCCGCGGAGGAUGUACCACGCGGUCGUCGUACCAGAUUACCUUGCGCAGGCGAGGGAGAGGGUGGUGGACUUCAACGACGGGAAGUCGUUGUGGCCUCCCUCGUCCUAUCCCAAACCAGUAGCCCCGAAGACCCAUAGGAAGGCGCCCAAGAAGAGACAUCGUCAGCCAUCACCGGAGGCACAAGGAAGCCGAGUGGGACGCGGGGACGAAGUGGUCCAGCGACUCCAUCCCGUGCCAACGCGAAGUUCCGAUCCCAUUCCACAAAGCAAGACUACACCGAUUGAGGGACCUCCGUCGGGAGAGAGAGUUGGGACAAGCAGAUUGUGGAUACGCGGGAGCCAUCCGGAGCCGACACCAUUGCCACCGCUCCUUCCUGACAUCAACCUCGAUGGAGCCGGCUCGUCAGCACCAGAAGGAGGAGGAGGAGUGGGAGGAGUACCAUAUCCCGCAUCCAGACCCCCCAUCCUCGCAGGACCUUUCCGCUUCCGCCAGCCACCCCGGGGUGCCUCGGUCAUUGACCAAUGACCUUAGUAGUUCCUCCGAGCCGGACUGUCCACCCGAGAGACGACGAUUACAUGGCGGAGCCUGCAACAAUCAAGCUCGACGCAAUCG